AUGAACUUGUUAAUAGGCACCAGAGUUCCCGCGGUCAAUUCAACCAACCGUCUCCUUGUUUACUUCCAGGAUGUCUAUGACAGUAUUCCUGAGAGUCUAUAUGAGGGUAGCCGGGCCAACGGCACCGAAAAGAAUGUCAUCGGCAAGGCUAAGCUCGGCAGCCCUGUCGCCGCGACUUCCAAGGAGCUGAACAACGGAAUACCCACCAGGAGUUUGCCUACGACUCUGGAAGCGGAUGAUACAACAGCGGCCUGGGCGGUGCCAAGUUCCAAGUUGCCUUACUCUGGCAUUGCUGCUGUGUUCCUGGCGGGAACAGAUGCGUUUCAGUUGCGGAGUUAUGUCCAGAAGUCAGAUAACACAAUCCAGGAGUACAUGUGGAAUGGCAACGGCUGGGAGGAGGGCACCAACCUGGGAACUGCGUCCCCGGUACUGGUAUCGGAGCCACCUCCUUCCGCUAUACUGACUACAAUGGCCCAAGCAUCCGGUACGCCACCUCCAUAUGCAACCCUGAAUACGGAAACACUUACUAAUAAAAGAAAUACACAGGAUCUGGUUCCAAACGGACGACCUCAGACGCGUCCAAAGAGCCUACGACCCGCACAAAGGCUGGUACCCAAACCUCAGCGCAAUCUUUGA